CCGCGGGCGCCGUGAACCCGAGGGAGACGCCACUGUGAUUACCACUCCAGUUGUCUGGUUCCGGCACCGAGAGGGGGAGACGGCCAUGGCGUGCUACGCCGCGCUCCUGCACCAGCCGCUCGCCUCCUCGCUCUCCCCGUGCUCAUCCUCGCGGCGCGCCGGCGCCACGCGAGCCCCGCCGCGCCCCCAGCGCGUAGCAGCUCCCUCGCUCGCCUCCGCCCGCGCUCUUGCCCGCGUCAGGAUCUCCCCCCGCUGCGCCGCCUCCGCUGGCGCCGGCGCCCAUGGAGAGUCGCCCGCGGCUGCACUCCGGCGGGUGCUGGAGACGCCGGGCGCACACCAGGCGCCCGCCUGCUACGACGCGCUUAGCGCGCGCCUCGUCGAGCGCGCCGGGUUCAGCGCCUGCUUCACGAGCGGUUUUUCAAUAUCUGCUGCACGGCUUGGAUUGCCAGAUGUUGGUCUCAUCUCCUAUGGGGAAAUGAUUGAUCAAGGACGUCUAAUCACUGAAGCAGUAUCAAUCCCUGUGAUUGGUGAUGCUGAUAAUGGUUAUGGAAACUCUAUGAAUGUUAAGAGAACAGUAAAAGGAUUUAUUAAUGCUGGUUUAGCUGGAAUGAUUCUUGAAGAUCAGGUGUCGCCAAAAGCAUGUGGCCAUACACAAGGAAGGAAGGUUGUCUCAAGGGAGGAAGCAAUUAUGCGAAUAAAAGCUGCUGUAGAUGCUAGGAAUGAGAGUGGCUCUGAUAUUGUUAUUGUGGCAAGGACAGAUUCGCGUCAAGCUUUGUCUCUUGAUGAAGCAUUAUGGAGAGUACGAGCCUUUGCUGAUGCUGGGGCAGAUGUUCUAUUCAUUGAUGCCCUUGCCUCAAGAGAAGAGAUGAAGGCGUUUUGUGCUAUUGCACCUGGAGUUCCAAAAAUGGCCAACAUGUUAGAAGGCGGUGGUAAAACUCCUAUAUUGAGCCCUGUUGAACUUGAAGAAAUAGGUUAUAAAAUCAUAGCCUAUCCAUUAUCUCUAAUUGGGGUAUCGAUGCGUGCAAUGGAGGAUGCUCUUAUUGCUAUAAAGGGUGGUCGCGUACCUCCUCCAAGCAGCUUGCCUUCAUUUGAGGAGAUCAAGGAUACUCUUGGGUUUAAUCACUAUUAUGAAGAAGAAAAACGAUAUGUUGUGACACCAGCCCAAUCAUCUUACAGGACUGGUGAACCAACCAGUCCAGGAGAUGCCAGGUCGACGACUGAAAAACCACAAGAACCUGUUAUUGACAUAUUGCCUCAGCUCUAUGAUAUUGGUUCCAGUGGCAGAAGAGGACCUUCAACUGGAAUUUGGUCUCGAACUCUUCGACUAAAGAUUACAGGAAGAGAUGGAGUCCAGAAAAUUGAUACCAGGAUACCUGCCGGGUUCUUAGAAGGGAUGACGAGAAUUAUUCCAGGCUUGGCUGGAGCUAAUAUAAUGGAAAGGCUUCGAAAUGCACCUAUUGACGCAGACAAUCCCCAGAAUGGUCAGAUACUGCUUGAUUUUGAGGAUGCCAUGGGAGAUAGGAUCCAGGUUUUCAUUGCUUGAACGCGUGUAUGCUAUCUAUGCUGGUACUGUCAAACUCCGAAAGUAUGGGCGUUUCAAGUAGCAUCGGGGUCCUGACAUCUUGUUCAAGCAGGUGAUUUAGACAUUGGUUAUGUUGCGAUGAACUAUUUACACCUGACUAGGCCUGUUCCUACUGCUUAAGGCCUUUCCUGCCUACAUCCAAUUGGUCAGGCAAGAUGUUAGCCUAGCUGGGUACUGCAGGAUUAGUUUCUCUGCAGCCUUUUUUCUGUGACAGAAAUCCUGAAGUUGAUUUCGAAUAAAGAAGUAGCUCCCGGUGACUUAUGAAAUAACAUGUGCAUCUAUUUGCACAAUCUGUGAUGUAGCAAGAGCAGUAACUGAGUGUGUGUGAGGUGACUUAUGAAAUAACAUGUGCAUCUAUUUGCGCAAUUUGUGAUGUAGCAAGAGCAGUAACUGAGUGUGUGUGGGGUGCGUGUUUGUAUGGCUAUUUUAGCUUUUUUUUCCUUCUAUCUUAAUGCAAUGAUUAUUUGAGAAUUUUUUUUU